AUGCCACGCGCCAAGGCUGCUGCACCAGCUCGUCAGGGCUCGGACAAGGCCCGCGAUGGCGCUGUCCAGGCAACCAAGGUCGUAGUGUAUCGUGCUGGUGCGGCGCCGGCUGCCGCGGCGGGCGCUGCCGCUGCUCCCAAGGGCACCGACCUCAUGGAUGCUGUCCGCCGCCGCAGGGCCCGGGCGGCAGGAACAGGCGUGGCACCACCUGUUGCAGGCAAUGCUCCGCCAACAGCCUCUGGGCGUCGUCGUAGGCGCCGCCGCAAGCGCCGUGGCGAGCAGCCUGCUGCGACUCGGCCCAGCCCUGUGGCCGCGCCGACGGCGUCGGCCCCGCCGCCGCCGCCGACGGCGACGACGGCGGCUGCGGGCCAGGUGGAGAUCCGCCAGCUUGGCGGCGCGUCGUCAUCGUCGUCGUCAUCGUCAUCGUCGGGUGUGGCAGCCCGGCGGAGGGCGGCCUUUGCUGCGGCGCAGCAGAGCGCAACAGAGCGGGCGGCGGCGGCGGCGACUGUGGCGCCGCGCCGCAGCGACUCGUAUUCGUACGGCUCAUACGGCUCGUAUGGUGGGUACUCGAGCGAUAGUAGCUCGGGCUCGGGGUAUGACUCGUCCGCUUCGUCGUCGUCAGGCGGUGGCGCUGCGCUGGCGGUCAAGCCGGUAUUCAUCCCACGAUCUGUGCGUGGAAAUGGGCCUGCGAGCGAGAAGGCCAAGGCCAAGGCCAAGACGGCAGAUGCCAUGCUGACUGCUUCUGCCAAGCGCGAUAGUGAGCGGCGCGCCGAGUCGCGCCGCAUGGUUGAGGCCACAGUCAAGGCCGAGCUUGCUGCCGCCGCUGAGGCCGAGCAGGACUCGGACUUUGAGACCGAGUCGGACACUGCGUCCGAUGAUGGUGCCGAGCGUGAGGCCUGGAGGCUUCGCGAGCUCGCCCGAAUUGCUCGCUGGGUGCCCAAGGCUGUGUCGUAG